GAGGACGCAGACAUGGGCGACAGGAACGUUUCACAUGUAGCAACAAAAAUUACAGCCAAAGACCGAGCGAGGCAGUUUCCUGAUUUAAUGUAUGAAAGCGGAGGUAAACUGUUUUGCACCGUGUGCGACGUUCUGUUGGAACACAAACGGAAGUCAUCGAUUAACAAACACUUUACUACCGCAAAACACAUCCGGAGAGUAGCUGAAAAUCUUGGACAUCAGACAAGACAAGUCACGGCAACAGCGGCUGUUGUAUCCAGAGCUGUUACAAGUGCUGAAAGAAUCAAAGGUGAAAACCCUGCUGUGAGAUUCCUGAGGAGAAAAAGGGGAGGAAAUCUCAAACCUCGCAUCAGCAACGCAAAGCGGUUUCCCUGCACAGCUCCUUCUGAGAACAUAGACCAGUAUUCUGACUUGAUGGACUUCUUGCCAAAGGAGUAUCAGUAUCAUAUAUGCAGUUACAAAGAAGUGAACGUGACCAGUGACCACACAGAUUUUGAAGCCACUCUACGGAUGUCCCUCACAUCAAAGGAGGAGAUACUGGUGUGGCUGAAAUUAAUGCCAGUUACGUGGAGAGUGGACUACACGAGGCCUACUAAGGGUUCAAAGGUCAUCUUCAAAACAGAAUACCGGUGCCAGCAUAACACCAGGCCCAGGGCGACACGAAAGAGUAACGGGACGUCCAAAAAUACAGAUUGCCCUGCAAAACUCAAAGUUGCCAUUGCACGCACUGAGAUCUCCUUGGGACGGCCAAGCAGAAGUACCGAUCCCCACAUUCCGACCUACCCCACACUAGUGGACGUCGUGAAUGUUCACAACCACAACAUUCAUGCGCCGGAUGCUCUGCGUCACCGGGAUGUGGGCAGCAAGGCUGUGGAGCAGCUGACAGAGUUGUUUAAAGCAGGGCGCUCACCAUCCUGUGCACUGAAUGUUCUUAAACAUGAUCUGCAAGUUCAGUUCGGGAAUGAUUACGUCAAUGCUUCAGCAGACCGCUCCAUCUGUCCUGACCUGCAGUUCUGCUAUAGACUUUACUAUAAGAUAUUCCAUAAGGAAUACAUAUGCAGUGCACAGGAUGAUGUCCACGUCCAUGAGGGCUUCCUGAAGCCUCUUCAGGAUCAGGAUUGUUCAAUUAAAGUAUCUGGUGGGUCACAUCUCACUUCAGAUCUUAGCAGUUGUGCUCCAGAAACAUCCAUGGAAGCUGUUGAGGAGCUUGAGGCUGAUGAAACACUGGAAGCUAGAGUCAGCACACAGGAGUGGGACUCCAUGAGCCAGGAAUUUGCAGCAAUGGUGCAGAGCAGCGAAGAAUUUCAGGUGGCCGGAUCAGCUUUCUUAAAGGCCUUCAACAGGCUGAAGCGAAAUCCCCCCAUGAUGCAGGCGGCAAUGCACAUGUUCGGCCGCUGUGGUGCCAACAACCUGGCUUUGAAACAGUCACAAGAUCUACGGCGGGCCGCUAACCAUAACUCUGUGGCCAGCCAAAGGGUAAAGCUCAGGGGUAGACGUCAACUUGGUGCGGGGAAAAACAAGGGAGCAACCAUGGACCAUCGCUACAGCAACCCAAAAGGAGCGAAGUCUGGGACUCAAAGCUUAUCAAGCUGUAGAGGUGUAUCGCAGCAACCCAGAAUAUUGCAUGCUCCGUCACAGUGCCCCUCAGCUUCCUCUCCUCUCCUUAGAGGCUGGACACAUGACCACUGCGCCCCUUAUCAAGCCCCCUCCCCGUAAAGGCUGGACGCCCAAGGCACGUCUGGUACCUCAGGAAUUUUGGUCUGAGUGGUGUGUGUGUGUGUUUUUACAACAUAAAACAUGUCUGUAAUUGAUCAUACCUCAACUCUUGUUUGUACCAACUGUGUGUAUAAGCACCAUGCCGGUGUCAUUGCCUGCACUGUGAUGGGUUGAAGGAAUAAUGUGACUGCAACCAGUGUAUUUGUCGCGGGGUGUCUGGUAAGUGAGCAUGGAAUGUGCUGAAUGUUGUGCUAUGGUACUCUGUUGUACUGUUGUACAGCAGUACAUAGUGCUGUUUGGGUGCCUUGCUUUAUCUGUAUUAUAUAUCAUAUAUAUAUAUAUAUAUAUAUAUAUAUAUAUAUACAGUAUAUAUUUAAACUCCAAAGCUAAGGUGUUCAGAGGCCAUUGGCAAACCGUGGGGGAACUGGAUUCAGAGUAUCAUCCAGAGCCAUGAGCCUACGCUGGCCUGGGUAGCUGAGAAAGGGCAAAAGAGCUGCACCUUUUACUACAUUUAUAUAUUAAUUAUGAUUUUAAUUUUUGUAAAAAAAAUUAAUUUGAACACUUUUGGAUUAGUCCUGUCUCCUAUGCAUCAGUUGCUCUUCAGUUCCUGCCUGGAUCAUCUCUACUAUAGUGUGGCCUAGUAGGUGGGCGGCUGUGGCACAGCGGGUUGUUCACUAAUCGAAACAUCAGUGGUUAACCUGCAGACCGCAUGUUGUAGUAUCCUUGAGCAAGAUACUGAACCCCAAAUUGCUCCUGGUGGCUGUUCCAUCGGUGUGUAAGUGUGUUAAAAACUGAGUAGCAGGUGGCACCUUGUAUAGUAGCCUCGGCCACAAGUGUAUGAAUGUGUGUGUGAAUGGGAGAAUGUGACUUGUUGUGUAAAAAGCAUUUUGAGUUUCAGAAGACUAGAACAAGUGACUUAUACAAGUGCAGGUCCAUCCGUUUACCAUUUAGUAUGUGCCCCCAGGAUGUACAAGAUGUCCCUCGCCUCUGCCUUAAUUUUCUAGUUGGUCUUUAUUAUGAAAUAAGAAAGAUCUGAUUAGUCAAUUAACUAAAUUUGCACAAAUACUUAUGAGGGACAUAUGUGAAGAUAAUAAGUAUAAUUUUUUUUCCCU